AUGGCCGACAAUAAGCACCAAAUGCUCUACCAAGGUCAGGAUCCUGGCCAGGAUCUGCAGGCACAGCGACCUUUGUCCCUGACGCCCUCGGAACCGCCCACAUACGACGAUGCCAUGGCAGUGCCCUCCAUUCUGACCAACUUGGGCUACUCCGCCGAUCGUCGGAGAACCUUCUUCCCGGAACCGCAACAGCUGAGGCUUUGUCUGGAGGAGGUGCCCUAUGUGGAGGAUGGCUAUGAGAUGCCACAAUUGGAGGAUUCCCCAGGAGAAGAGGAGAUCAGUAGGGUGAUGACAUCGCCUCAGGUGCGACAUUUCUUCGCCCUAGCCCCUCAACCCAAAUUGGGCUCCCAGGCGGUGGACAUCGUGUGCCCAGCUUGUGGUGAACGGGGAACGACUCGCUUGAGGAGGUCACCACAUGCUCGUACCAACAUCUGGGCCCUCUGGCUAUGCACUUUUGGUUGGUGCUGCUGUGCCUGCUUUUGUCCAUAUUUUUGGAAUGGCUGCCGGUCGACGAAUCAUUACUGCUCCGCCUGCGAGAUCUUCCUGGGCGCACAAUAUCCUGCGGGCGGAUGGCGGCGGUAG